UCGAGGGCAAAUAAACUUUGCAACACCCCAUCAGAGAGAUUACGAAGUCUUCCGCGGAUGCUUUGCAGUCGUCCAGUCAGCGGAUCCCCACCCGAUGAAAGACUCUUCUGCUGUGUCAAAUGCUCCCAGCCGAUUAUUGAGACACACUUGCUCCUGGCGGACGGAGUAUACUGGCACGAGGAUUGUCUACGUUGCGCCUGCUGUGACGUACGUUUGGCGGAAUUGGAUAAAGUGUAUUACGUCAAAGCGAAGAUGCCACUUUGCCGACGAGAUUACCUCAGGCUGUGCGGAAGGACGGGAGAGUGUGUUGUGUGUGGAAGGAGAAUUCUGGCCUUUGAAUUCGUGAUGAAAAUACGCGAAGAUUUCUAUCAUUUAAACUGCUUCUGUUGCCAAAGCUGCCAGAUGAGAUUUUGCGUAGGAGACAGAUUUUACAUCCACCAGAAGACGAUUCUCUGCGAGAAGGAUUACGCGGACUCGUCGCUGUUUUCCUUUGCUUCUCUGCCACUGUACAACUCGGCGGAUGCCUUAGUUCCCAGGCGGCGCGCGCAAGUGCAUUCCGACUCAGACGGCGAUUUUCCCACAUUUAUUUCGUAUACCCCGGAUGCUAGCAACGGCAAUACCAGUAAACUGUUCGACAAUCAAUUGGACAACAUGGUGAUGAUACCGCGCCCAUCGGGUACCAUGAGAACCCACCCUAACACCCACUCUAACCUCAACGCUUCCGAUGCAACACUAAUCCGGCCCUCUUGUCCCAAUACAGUGAAGUGCCCCCAGGAUUCCGUUCUAUGCUGCAGAUCGGACGAUCAGUCGAGUGGAUAUGGUUCCCCCACUCCUCCAAGUGUCGACUUAUGAAACACACACACACAGUGUGCACCGCCGCAUGAAAUCAACGGUAAUAAGACGGAAGUCUGUUGCAUCUAAGUGCCAUUAUACGGCAGAAUGGUAAUUUUA